UCUUUCAAAUGAGUAUUUCAGGGUUACAGAAUGGAUCCUCGUCGUCAGGUGCAGACAACAGACAAACCGCGACGUGCACAAUUUACAGAACGUAGCCAGUUAAAAUAUGCACGUCGGUUGGUCGUCAAGCUUGGUUCAGCGGUUAUAACCCGUGAAGAUGGUCAAGGGAUUGCCCUAGGACGGUUAGCAUCAAUCGUUGAACAAGUGGCUGAACAUCAAAUAGAAGGCCGUGAAUGCAUUAUGGUCAGUAGUGGCGCUGUUGCCUUUGGAAAACAAAAACUCACGCAAGAACUACUUAUGUCAAUGUCUAUGAGAGAGACCCUCAGCGCUACUGAUCACACUCGGGAACAAGUUGGGACAUUGUUGGAGCCACGAGCAGCAGCUGCAGUGGGUCAAUCAGGUCUAAUGUCUCUUUAUGAUGCAAUGUUCGCGCAGUACGGCGUGAAAAUUGCUCAAGUGCUGGUAACAAAGCCUGACUUCUACAACGAAGAAACCCGCAAAAAUCUCUUCAGCACACUCAGUGAGCUAAUAAGCCUGAACAUAGUCCCAAUAAUAAAUACAAAUGACGCAGUCUCGCCACCGCUCUUAGCAGAUGAGGAAAUAAAAGGUGGGGGUGAACGCCGAGGCAUAUCAAUAAACGAUAAUGAUUCUCUAGCAGCAAUGUUAGCAGCUGAGGUGCAAGCUGAUCUCUUGAUUCUCAUGAGUGAUGUCGAUGGCAUCUAUAAUUUGCCCCCUUGGCAUGAUGGCGCCAAAAUGCUUCAUACUUUCACUUCUGAUCAUCGAGGAACGAUAAAAUUCGGGCGAAAAUCAAAACUUGGUACUGGCGGAAUGGAUUCCAAGGUAAAUGCUGCUCUCUGGGCCUUAGAUCGUGCAGUAUCAGUGGUAAUUUGUAAUGGAUCACAAGAACAGGCGAUAAAAAGCAUAAUGGCGGGUAGGAAGAUUGGUACUCUUUUUACAGAGUCAUCUGGCUCGUCACAACCGGUCGAGGUGACUGCAGAAAACGCGAGAACUGGUAGCAGAAUUCUUCAAUCCUUGAAGCCCGAGGAAAGAGCAACAGCUAUUAGUACUCUAGCAGAUCUUCUCCAGUCUAGACAGCCAGAAAUAUUGGCCGCCAAUGCUAAAGACCUUGUAGACGCCGAUAAGUCUGGACUAGCAAAGCCGUUGUUAAGCCGACUCUCUCUGACACCAUCAAAACUUCAAUCCCUCAGCGCUGGACUUCGACAGAUUGCCGAUAGUUCUUUAACGAACGUGGGGAGAGUCUUGAGAAGAACUAAGAUUGCUGAAGGCCUUGAGCUGAAGCAAAUAACUGUACCCAUUGGAGUGCUCCUCGUAAUCUUUGAGUCGAGGCCAGAUAGUUUGCCACAAGUAGCUGCAUUAGCCAUGUCCAGUGCCAAUGGACUGUUGUUGAAAGGUGGAAAGGAAGCAUCGCACAGUAAUAGAUUUCUUAUAGAACUCGUGAAAGAAUCCCUAAAAUCUGUUGGUGCAUCAAAUGCAAUUUCAUUGGUUUCUACCAGAGAAGAGAUUGAAGAUUUAUUAUCGAUGGAGAAACAUAUAGAUCUGAUAAUUCCUAGGGGGAGCGCUGAGCUUGUUAGGUCAAUUCAAGAACAGUCAAAACACAUUCCUGUGCUCGGACAUGCUGAGGGAAUUUGUCAUGUUUAUGUAGACAAAGAUGCGGAUCUCCAAAAAGCCAUCAAAAUUAUUAGGGACUCGAAGUGUGACUACCCAGCGGCGUGCAAUGCUAUGGAGACACUUUUGAUUCAUGAAAACCUUCUACAAGGAUACUUCUUCACUGAUGUAUGCAAUAUGUUACAAAAGGAAGGGGUAAAAAUCCAUUCUGGUGCGAAUCUUCAGGAGAAAUUGACCUUCGGACCACCUCCCGCCAAGAGCAUGCGGACUGAGUAUGGAGCACUUGAGUGUACUAUUGAAGUUGUGCCAGAUUUGGAUGAGGCUAUUAAUCAUAUUCAUAAGUAUGGAAGCUCCCAUACAGACGUUAUUGUAACGGAGGAUUCACAUGCGGCAGAACACUUCCAGAGAGAGGUCGAUAGUGCCUGUGUUUUCCAUAAUGCGAGUUCCAGAUUUGCCGAUGGAUAUCGAUUCGGACUCGGUGCUGAGGUCGGAAUUUCAACCGCCAGAAUUCAUGCAAGGGGUCCAGUUGGUGUCGACAGCCUUUUAACGACCAAAUGGGUGCUUCACGGCAACGGGCACGCAGUCCAAGACUUUGCUGAGGGUGGACCAUACACAUACAUACAUCAAUCCCUCCCCACCCAUUGAAAGUAUGUCGAACUUCACUUCGUUUGACUGUUACCAUUUCAAUUCCAUUGUGAAUAAAGUCAACGAAUUUUAUAUAAUCGUAAAAUUUCAGCAAUCAGUGCUAAAAAAUAUUUCAAGCAUAUCAAAAAUUUUGCGAAGGUGAGACCGGCUUAUUUUGUCCUACACCUACAUUAUUCUUGUAAUCGAAUAAAGAAAUAUUCCUACUUAUUGAUCCUUAAA